CACUGUAUCCAUAGUGUGAGUCAACCAAAAGUUGACCCUGUGCUCAUCACGUGCUCACAUCAUCAACUUAUCAUGUGACUCCCUUCUUCUUCUUCCCCAAAUCACUCCCUCUCUCUCUCCACCUGCAACUUUCUCUCUCUCUCACACACACCAUUUCUAGGGUUUCCAUUCACCUCUCAUCACUCAUCACUUAUCACACCUCACACUGUGUGUUUCCUGCAAAUUUAUGUGAAAAAAAUUCAUCAACAAUGGGCUGUUUUCAGUCCAAAACCGCCAAUGUUCAAUCUCCAGAUCAAGUUCCUGAAUCGAAACCAGAUCCAGAUGGAGAACAAGGAUCGGAUCAGCAGGAUCAGGAUCAGGAUCAAGCAGUACCUGCAUUUAAGGAGUUUAAGCUCACGGAGCUUCGAGCGGCUACGAAUGGGUUCAGUAGUGAGCUUAUUGUUUCGGAGAGUGGAGAGAAGGCUCCGAAUGUUGUUUAUAGAGGGAAGCUUAAGAGUAACAGAGUCGUUGCGGUUAAGCGGUUUUCGAAGACAUCGUGGCCUGAUCCUCAACAGUUUGUGGCAGAAGCUGCUGGUGUUGGCAAAGUUCGGCAUAAUAGAUUAGUGAAUCUGAUUGGCUGUUGUGCAGAGGGGGAUGAGCGUCUUUUAGUGGCGGAAUAUAUGCCCAAUGAUACACUCUCAAAGCAUCUAUUUCACUGGGAUAAACAACCUUUGCCAUGGGAAAUGCGUGUUAGAGUUGCAUACCAUAUCGCACAAGCUCUCGAGCAUUGCAAUGCUGAAAAUUUGAAAAUCUACCAUGAUCUUAAUGCCUACAGGGUUCUCUUCGAUGAGGAUGGUGACCCCCGCUUAUCUAGUUUCGGUUUGAUGAAGAAUAGUCGAGACGGGAAGAGUUAUAGCACUAAUCUUGCUUACACGCCUCCCGAGUUUCUACGCACAGGUCGGGUCAUUCCAGAGAGUGUGGUUUACAGCUAUGGAACUGUGUUGCUGGACCUUUUGAGCGGAAAACACAUUCCUCCAAGCCAUGCAUUGGAUUUGAUACGGGGAAAAAACGUAUUGCUGCUAAUGGAUUCAUCUUUGGAAGGACAAUAUGCUGACGAUGAUGCAACCGUGAUGGUGGAACUUGCUUCAAAGUGUCUUCAAUAUGAGGGUAGAGAUCGUCCUGAUGUCAAAUUUCUUCUGACAGCAGUGGCUCCUCUUCAAAAGCAGAAAGAGGUUGCAUCACAUGUCUUAAUGGGUCUCACAAAAACUCCGGUUGCGGCGGUUCCAACCUUACUUUCUCCUCUUGGAAAGGCUUGUGCACGAAUGGAUCUUACUGCUGUACAUGACUUUUUGCUAAAAACAGGAUAUAGAGAUGAAGAGGGUGCUGAAAAUGAGCUAUCAUUUCAAGAAUGGACCCAGCAAGUGCAAGAUAUGCUAAAUACAAAGAAGUUUGGGGACAUCGCGUUUAGGGACAAAGAUUUUAAUGGUGCAAUCGAAUACUAUUCUAAGUUGGUUUCAAUGAUGUCGGUCCCUUCGGGUACUAUCUUUGUGAGGCGGGCCCUAUCCUACUUGAUGAUUGGACAACCCGAACAUGCAUUAAGGGAUGCAAUGCAAGCUCAGGUAUGCUUGCCUGAGUGGCCAACUGCUUUUUACAUGCAAGCUCUCGCUCUCUCAAAGCUUGGAAUGGAAACCGAUGCUCAAGACAUGCUUAAUGAUGGGUCCUCCUUUGAGGCAAAGAGGCAAAACAGUUGGCGUAAUAUGUGAUUAAGGAUCGUGUGAUGAGGUAAUGACUGUUUAAAUUACUAUUUUGCCAUUCUAUUGUAGACUACAGUUUUUAUAUUACCGUUGUGUAAAUCACUUAUAAAUUGCCGAAAAUAUGGCUUCAAGUUAUGCCGUUUCUAUACUUUUGCUUU